AGAGGCAGUAGGGGAUGGGGCAUCUAUGCGGGUGUAGGUGGUGAGUCCGUGGCUCCCCAGGGAGGGCUCUGCUGGUGGGAGUGGUGAUGGUGGAGAUAAGGGCCGAGGAGGUGAAUUAGCUUGCUGUGGUUCCAAUCUGCCUGUAGGUAGCUGUGGCACAGGACACAGUGUAGCCUGACACUCUUCACAGAAAUUUCUGUGUCUCCACGGCAGUUUCCUCAGACCUGGGAGACAGCUCAGAUCAUCUAAGUCACUUUUCUUACCUCAGAAAGUCUGAUGACCCUCUUACCUGCCCAGGUCAUCCUGGGCAGAGGAGAGUUAGAAUUCAGCGUGCUGACUCUUCCCACGGUACAAUAGACAGCUCUGCAUGGACAGCUGUGUGGCUCUAUCUGUCACUCCUGAUCUUCAGAGCUGGUUCCCCUCAACAUGGCUGCUGAAAACCCCGAGGUGAGGCUCAUUCUGGUAGGGAAAACCGGAAAUGGAAAGAGUGCCACAGCAAACACCAUCCUUGGGAGACAGGAAUUUGAUUCUAAGAUUUCUGCCAAUGCUGUUACUAAGACCUGCCAGAAAGCCUCCAGGGAAUGGAAGAGGAGAAACCUUGUGGUGGUCGACACUCCCGGGCUGUUUGACACCAAGAAGACCAUGGAAACCACCUGCACUGAAAUCAGCCGCUGUGUCCUGUACUCCUGCCCUGGGCCUCAUGCCAUCAUCCUGGUUCUGCAGCUUGGACGCUUCACCGAGGAAGAGCAGAAAACUGUUGAUCUGAUCAAGGGUCUUUUUGGAGAGGAAGCUAUGAAGUACAUGAUUGUCUUGUUUACUCGAAAAGACGAGCUGGAGGACCAGAGCCUUGAUGACUUUUUAGUCCAAGCAAAUGAAAAGCUAAAGAAUAUCAUCUUGCAGUGUGGGAAACGCUACCUGGCCUUUAAUAACAAAGCAGUAGAGGCCGAGCAAGAAAAUCAAGUACAGCAGCUGGUAGAACUGAUAGAGAAAAUGGUGGAUGGAAACGGGGGUUCCUACUUUUCUGAAAAGAUAUAUGAGGAUGUAGAAAAAAGGCUGAAACAAUGUCUAAGGAAUCUGGAGGAAACUUAUGCUCAAGAACUCAGUGCUGAAAUCCAAAGAAUAGAAAAAGAAAAGAAGGCACAAAUUGAUUCUGCAAAAAGAAAAUAUAAUGAGAAAAUGAGAAACAUUAGGGAAGAGGCUGAAGAGAACAUAUUAAAGUAUAUUUUCAAUAAGAUACGUGAAAUGCUUUCAAGACUUUGGGACAAGUUGAGAUGGUGAAGUAAAUGUCAUUCUUUUUUAUUAAUGACAUUUGUUCCUUGACAAUUUCAUGCAUGUCUGCAUAUAGUAUGUUCUGAUUACAUUCAUGUCUUUCUGUUUGGGUAUGUUUUUUGCUUUGUGAUCCACUGAGUUUAGCUAGGUUCAUGUGUGUGAGAACAGGUCGAGAACAAUCUGUCAGAGCAUGGUGAGCCCACCAGGAGGAGAGCAAUGGAAGGCAAUGACUCUUCCUCUCCCAGAAUCCAUCCGUAGUUAACACCUCAGCAGGGUGGAGUAGGUUCCCACGAGCUCCUCCUCCAUCCAGGCCCAAGGCUGCUGUGGGCUUGUGAUUGCAAUGACUGUUUCUUGAAGACACAAGACGCGCGCGCGCACACACACACACACACACACACACACACACACACACACACAAGCACACACACACACACACACACACACACACACACAAACACACACACAAUUUAAACUAUUAAAAAAGGCAAGUCAUUAGGAAAGCUGGCUGGAAGCUCUGUGGUGGGCCUCUGAGUUCCACCACAAGUGACGGAGAAGACAUAGAUGACCCUGUGGAAUGAACUCUCAAUGCUGGGAAGUACAAGAUUUUUGUGAGAUGUUCUAAUCUUCAGGAAAAAACAAACAAACAAACAAACAAAAACAGAAAAAUCCUUCUCACCAUCUUCCUGGGAGAAGAUGAGGUGCAGGUCUCUGAAUUAGGAGGAUGGAGGAGACUACAGAGUCCACUGUUUCCACUAACCCCUACUUCAUCCUCUAGUAAGCUGGGUCUUUACAGCUGCCAUUUCUGAACUUGAAGGGCCUUUUCUUUGGGCUUCAGUCUCUGCCCCCCACCUCUAGCCUUUCUGGGCUGUGAGGGAGGUCAGUGAACUCUCACCUCCCCUGUCUUCCAGGAGUUUGGCCUGGUAUCUCAUCCCCACUAAUGCUUUUACUUUUAUACCCUGUACGGCCCUGUGAUCCCUCCAGGAGGCCUGUUGGCUGUGAGGCUUCCUGUGGUGUCUAAUAGGUGGAGACCACAGUGUUACUGAACUGUUGAUAUUCCAUAAGCCAACUUACCUUGACUUUGAAAUCUCUGAUGCGCUCGCUGUUAAAUGGAACUAGAACACAGCCGAACAAAAAUGCACAAAGUACUUUCACAUAGUUACACAGACCCCCUCACGGCCAUUCCUGCAUUCUCAAGGAUAUUUUAAAUAACUAUUGCUUCAAAACAGCUAGUAAUAAAAAUGAUUUUGUUUUUA